CAACCCACAACCUGACCACUCCCACCAACCCACCCAACGUACACAACCACCAUGAAACCAACCCCCUUCCCCUUCGCCCUCAACAUCGGCACCGACAUCGUCCACCUCCCACGAAUAACCCGCCUCCUCGCCCGCCCCAACUACCUCACCCGCUUCACGCACCGUAUUCUCCACGCCCGCGAACAACAAGACUUUCGCACCCGCUUCUCCCUCCCUCCCUUACCCUCCCAAAUGCCAACUACUCCUAGCAUAAGUAUAUCCCCCGACAUGACGCGGUGGCUCGCCGGCCGGUUCGCGGCCAAAGAGGCCGCGCGGAAAGCGGCGCCUCGUGGCGCGGCGCAUAUUAGCUGGAAGGAUGUGGUGGUUACGGUGGGGGAGGAGGGGGGGAGGCCGGAGGUGGUGUAUUUAGAUGGGGAUGGGGAUGGGGAUGAGGCUGGGAGGGUAGGGAAGUUGUCCAUUUCGCAUGAUGGGGAGUAUGUCGUUGCUAUGGUGGUGGCGGCGGGGUGAAGGGUUAUUCUUCUAGGAGUAUAUGGGGUUUCCAUAAGGGUUUAUAUGCGGAGGAUAUAAAGCAGAUACUAGACGGGGACUGGAUUCGGUCAGUUCAGUGUGA